CAUGUCUCAGGAUCCAAAAUCUACAUCUCAGAUUGCCGUUCUCGGCGCUGGUGAUGUUGGCGCUACGAUUGCGUACUCGCUCAUCAUGAACCCAGUCGCGGGUGAGAUCCUGAUGGUGGAUCCAAAAGAGGAAGUCCGCGACGCCCAAGUGCAAGACCUCUCUGACGCGACGUUCCACGGCAACACCAGCACGCGCGUGAGAGCAGGAACUCACAAAGAAGCCGGCCAAUGUGAUGUCGUAGUCAUAACCGCUGGCGCAAAGCAGAAGAAAGGUGAAAGCCGAACAGACCUCAUUGGCCGCAACAAAGCCAUUCUCGAGUCGGCAAUUGGCGAUAUGAAACCAUUUCGUCAAGACACUGUCCUGCUCCUUGUCGCCAACCCCGUCGACGUUCUCACCUACUUUGCCCAAAAGUUCUCUGGCCUCCCCAAGAACCAAGUUGUUGGCUCCGGUACUUUUCUCGACUCGGCGCGUCUUCGCGGGAUUCUUGCCGCCAAGGCUGAAGUCGCUGCAUCCAGCAUCGACGCCUACGUCUUGGGUGAACACGGUGAAUCUCAAUUCGUCGCCUGGAGUCUUGCAAGCAUCGGCGGCGUACCCCUGGAUCAAGUCAUUGCAUCGGGUGAUAGCAUCGACAAGAAAGCCAUUGCCGAGGAAACAAAGAACAAAGCCACCAACAUCAUUCAGAGCAAGGGCGCGACAAACUACGGCAUCGGGGGCGUCUCAGCGAGUAUAUGCAAAUCUAUACUUUUUGACCAGAGCAAUAUCAGGCCAGUUAGCCAUUACCAGGAUGACCUAGAUGUAUGUCUGAGUCUGCCGGCCGUGUUGGGGCGAAAAGGUAUUGUGAGGACUGUACCUAUGCCAUUGAGCGGGGACGAGAGAGAGUUACUGGAGAAGAGUGCGAAGGCGUUGAAGGAGGUUAUUAAUGCCUAGGUCAGCGGGCGAAUCGAUGACACUAGUGACUUGGUAAUAGACGGGCACUGGUCCCGACAAGUCUUGGCAGGAUGUAUUCCUCCAAGAGUGGUGAUAUUGCUG